GGAAAGGGAAAAGCACCGAGGAAUAUAUCGCGGGAACGUAGAUAGAUGUUUACAAUGUAAUGCACUGGAGUACUGCAAACUAUCGAACUAGUGGCCACGUUUUGCACUUUGAUGGAACUAUGUGUGGAUAUAUAUGAUGGGAAAGUUACAAAGCAAACACGUGUGUCGAACCAGCAGAAUUCCAAAUGAAGCGGAAUGUUAUUUUGUUAAUGGACACCUAAAUACGGCUUUAGAGGAACAGAUCUGGAAAAAGAAAACUGGAUUUAAUCUGGCCAAUUACAACAUGGACGAAAAUAUUUCGGAAUUAUCAAUAUGUCUUGAAGACAAGGAAACUGGAAUUCCGCUGCAAGUGUUCGCUGUCCACCUCCACAACCCAUUCCUUGUCUCCAACCAUGACAAAGUGGAUUUGCCACCCCAGAAGACCGACACUGAGACGGGGAAGGUGUUGAGACUCGACACUGAGACGGGGAAGGUGUUGAGACUCAACACGGAGACUGGGAAGGUGUUGAGACUUGACCAGAUGACGGACGACUGUUUGAAGAAAGACGAGAAAGGCAACAAUGAAGACAAGCUUGACAGAACACGACUCAGUAUUGAGGAGUUUGAAUGUGGUGUACAGUUUGAAGGAUCAGAGAAUUCCAAACAAGAGUGGUCGUUUACACUGUACGACUUUGAUGGGCACGGAAGGAUAACUAAAGAGGAUCUUGCAAGUUUGCUCAAAGCGUUAUACGAUGCUGUCGGAUCUUCCAUUAAACUUCCCGAGAACGGCACGAAGACCCUGAAACUGCGCCUUACCGUCGGACAAGACAACACGCAAAUCCAGCUGCAGCAGGCAACGUCGAUCACAACGGCGGUGCGGGGCAAGGAGAACGCCAAAGUGAAAAACAGUUGUCAGACCAAGGACACGGGCAAAGUGAGGGAGUUCUCCAAACUCAACAACCUGACGGGCAACCUGUUGAAAUGUAACAACGAAACCGCUCAAGGUCAGGGUCAAGGUCAGCAGACGGAGAGUCACUGCAUGCGGAACCGGAACCAGCUGAGUGUGCGGGAUCAACAGCAGCUGGUGGAGCUGGUGCAGGAGAACAUGGAACGCAAUCACAUCAAGCAGCUCAGGCGUCACCAUAGUGAUUGCAGGAAUAUGUCCGAUCACCCUCAUCAUCAUAAACGUCGCCAUAGAAACCAUUGCUCACAUAAUCUGGACGAGAAGCCGAAAGAAAGCCAGGACCGGCGGAACUACUACCUGGACCUGGCGGGCGUCGAAAACAACACCUCCAAGUUUCAAAACAAUCCAUCAGUUCCAACUGCCGGGUCGGGCUUCGUGCAGACAGGUCACCACAGGUCAAGGUCGCAUGACGUGGCGACCACCAAAAAAUACGACAAUGUGCAAAGAGAAUCAGAACGUUUAGAAAAACACUUGGUGGGUGUGAAAGAGGAACAGCACACGAGGUCAAGGUCGUUUGACCCACAGGAGGUGGGCGUGCAUUCGCCGAAGGGACAGCCGAAAGUGCUGACAUCGCCCCACAAACACGGCGGUGGCGGGGGUAAGUUCCGGCCGGUGAGUCUGCCCGCGCACGUGACGACGACGACAGUGCCGGCGACAACGAUGUCCCCACACUAUCACCGGCGACACCGGCAUCGCGAGAAGGACCACGGCCUCGCGAUGCAGCAGGUCGCGGAGUGGAUUGAGAGGGAACAUUCGUGGGAGGUGGAGGGCGAGAGGCUGGUGGUGCAGAGACACGAACACCACCACAUCCACGAACACCACCACCACCACCACUACCACCACUACUAUGAGGCGUAGACGUGGGGGUGGGGUUGAGAGUAUAUGAGAAUUUGUGAAUAAGAUGAAUUUAAAAAACAAAACAAUGUUUAGUAGACUACUUCUGGUGUGUGGAAUGGAUUGAGUCAAGAGUUCAGCAGACUAGACUACCACCACUACUACUACAAGUUGUAUAUGUGGGGGUGGGUGGGUGGGGAUUGUAUGUAAGGAUAGAUGUGUGGGGGUAUUCAAG